AUGGCGGACCCAACUAAAGAUUCCCGCCCAGACCCACAACCACGCCAACACCCACGCCCCAUCGAACUAGAUGGCUGUACUCUCCAGGGAGGCGGCCAACUGGUUCGCAUUGCAAUGGCUCUAGCAGCCUUAACAGGUCGACCAAUCACUAUCAAGAAUAUCAGAGCUGGUCGCCCACGUGGUGGGGGUAUCAAACCUGCCCUUGCAGCAGGGAUCGAUCUUUUGGCUUCGAUCAGUGGUAGCACAGUGGUGAGCGGGCAUGUAGGAGCAACAAACAUGACUUUCCAACCACCACCACCACCAGCCAGCAUAAGUCCGACAGAGGGUUCCCUGGAAAUUGUCUCUUUAUCCAAUUUACAAGUCGAUCCCGAAUACCAUGUCUGCUUAUCGACGCCCGGCUCGACGCUGCUUGUGUUCCAAAUUCUGUAUCCAUACUUGAUGCAUGUGGCCACGCAGUCGCCGACGGGUUAUGUCAACUUGAGAGUCACCGGAAGCACCAACGCGGUAGCUGCCCCAUCUUACGAUUAUGCCGCUCAAGUGAUGGUACCUAACUUUGCCCGCCUGGGCCUCCCCAAGCUGUCCAUCACCCUACACAAGCGUGGCUGGGCUUCACCUCCCAUCGAGAUGGGCGAAAUGGGCUUCUCAAUCCAUCCUGUGAGCUCACUGGGACGCGGAAACCAGACAUCAUCCAAGACAAACCCCUUUCCAUCGAUCCAUAUCAUGGAUCAUGAGCGCGGGAAGGUCACCCAAAUCGAUAUUACCGUCCUGGCGCCAGAUGUCAUACUCCCUGGGCUACGGAUGACGGUUCGCAAGUACAUUGAGGAUGACAUGAAGAGGGCAUGCCAAGUACUUGAGACUGAAAAUCCGUCAUUGUUCGAGCCUGCGGCCGACCCAGACAACCCAGCUAGCCCCCGUCGUGAGUCGGUUCAGAUCCAUACUUCCGAGACGACUCAAAACAACCGCAUCUAUCUCUUACUUGUGGCUCACACUUCGACGGGCUUCAGGCUAGGCUUUGAUGCCCAGCUUGAACGUCGUCAGAUCGACAAGGGUAAAAUCAUUGAUAUCAUGGCAAGUUGCGUCGAGGGAUUCCUGCAUGAGAUCUCGGAUGAUCCCAAGCUGGAGGAUCAGCUGGAUGCUGAUCUGGGGCCCGUUCGGCGAUCAUGCCUGGAUUCCUACAUGCGGGAUCAGAUAGUGAUCUUCGAGGCUCUGGGAAAAAUCGGCCAGGCUGGUCCUCCGGAUUCGCGCAAGCGGGAGGACACACGAUACUUGUCGAGCCACACCAAAACGGCGCAGUGGGUUUGCAAGGAGAUACUCGGUACAUCGGAAACAUAA